AUCUCCGGCGCGCCGAGCUGAGACGCGCAGUGUCCCUGUGCGUUUAGAGGAGGCAUCAGCUGUCUGCAGGAGGGGAGCGACGAGGAGGAGCGGAAGAAGAGACAACAGACCUGCAUCGCAGGCGACCAUUCCUUCACUGCUGGUGUCCUAUCACUGCUAGCCACCUGCAGAAAAUCGGUCAUUUUGCUGCAGAUUAUUUUUGUUUUCUCCUCAAGGCGGUAGGUCUCCAAUAUGUGUCGGAUCUAACAUCUCCGGAGACAACGAGGAAUAACAGACUCCCCUGGUAGAUGUGGACACCUAAACUGUGGACAUGGAAAAGAUAGUAAAUUUAUCCGUUUCGGUUCUGCUGGUUUUAUGGGGAUGCGCGCUUGGAGGCUCGCCCAGUGUUCAAAUUGGGGGACUUUUUCCAAGGGGCGCGGAUCAAGAGUACAGCGCAUUUCGGAUAGGAAUGGUUCAGUUUGGCACCUCGGAAUUCAGAUUGACGCCUCACAUUGACAAUCUGGAAGUGGCAAACAGUUUUGCUGUAACCAACUGCUUCUGUUCACAGUUCUCAAGAGGAGUGUACGCCAUUUUCGGAUUCUAUGACAAAAAGUCUGUCAACACCAUCACGUCAUUUUGUGGGACGCUCCAUGUCUCCUUCAUAACGCCCAGCUUCCCUCUGGAUGGGAAUCAGCAGUUUAUCAUCCAGAUGAGACCUGAUAUCAAGGGGCCCCUCCUCAGCCUCAUUGAGUACUACAAAUGGGACAAGUUUGCCUACCUGUACGACAGUGAUCGAGGCCUGACGACGCUGCAGGUUGUUCUUGACACAGCAGCAGAGAGGAAGUGGCAGGUGACAGCCAUCAACGUGGGGAACCUGAAAGACGAGAGGAAGGAUGAGGCCUACCGCUCCCUGUUCCAAGAUCUGGAGAACAAAAAAGAGAGGAGGGUGAUCCUGGACUGUGAACAGGACAAAGUCAAAGACAUUAUGGAUCAGGUCAUCACAAUUGGCAGACAUGUUAAAGGCUACCACUACAUUAUAGCCAAUCUGGGUUUCAUUGAUGGGGACCUAUCCAAAAUCCAGUAUGGCGGUGCCAAUGUGUCAGGCUUUCAGAUUGUUGAUUUUGAUGAUGCUUUGGUGUCCAAGUUUGACCAGAGAUGGGAAGCUCUAGAGGAAAAGGAGUAUCCUGGUGCUGACAGUAAAAUAAGGUACACAUCAGCGUUGACCUACGAUGCCGUGCAGGUGAUGACGGAGGCCUUUCGCUACCUGCACAAACAGCGCAUCGACUUCACCAGGAGAGCCAACAAUGGUGACUGCCUGGCCAAUCCUGCUGUUCCCUGGGCUCAGGGAGUGGAGAUCGAGCGAGCACUGAAACAGGUGCGUGUGGAAGGCCUGACAGGAAACAUUCAAUUUGAUCAACAUGGCAAGCGAGUCAACUAUUCAGUGAAUAUCAUGGAAUUAAAGACUAACGGUCCCGUAAAGAUUGGAUACUGGAAUGAAGUUGACAAAAUGGCUGUCACCAAAUCUGAUGUCUUUGCAAACGACACAACAGGAAUGGAAAACAAAACAGUUAUUGUCACCACCAUCUUGGAAGCUCCAUAUGUAAUGCUGAAAAAGAACGCUGACCUUUUUGUAGACAAUGAGCGCUACGAGGGUUACUGUGUAGAUCUGGCUGCGGAGAUAGCAAAGCACUGCGGUUUCAAAUAUCAACUGAAAAUAGUGGGGGAUGGGAAAUAUGGAGCCAGAGAUGCAGAGACCAAAAUCUGGAACGGGAUGGUUGGAGAGUUAGUGUAUGGGAAAGCAGACAUUGCAGUGGCUCCUCUGACCAUCACUUUGGUACGAGAGGAGGUGAUUGACUUCUCCAAACCCUUCAUGUCUCUGGGAAUCUCUAUCAUGAUAAAGAAGCCUCAGAAAUCCAAACCAGGUGUCUUCUCUUUCCUGGACCCACUGGCCUAUGAGAUCUGGAUGUGCAUCGUUUUUGCCUACAUCGGUGUCAGCGUGGUGCUGUUCCUCGUCAGCCGCUUCAGUCCAUAUGAGUGGCACACUGAAGAGUACGAGGACGGGCAAAUACAAACCAAUGAGUCGACUAACGAGUUUGGCAUAUUCAACAGCCUGUGGUUUUCCCUUGGAGCUUUCAUGCGCCAAGGCUGUGACAUCUCACCUAGAUCUCUGUCUGGGCGCAUUGUUGGUGGUGUGUGGUGGUUCUUCACUUUAAUCAUCAUCUCCUCCUACACUGCAAACCUGGCAGCUUUCCUGACUGUCGAGAGGAUGGUCUCUCCCAUUGAAAGUGCUGAGGACCUGGCUAAACAGACUGAGAUAGCCUAUGGGACUCUAGACUCUGGCUCCACUAAAGAGUUUUUCAGGCGCUCAAAAAUUGCCCUCUUUGACAAAAUGUGGACAUACAUGCGCAGUGCAGAGCCCUCUGUGUUUGUGAAAACCACAGCUGAGGGGGUUCUAAGGGUCCGCAAGUCCAAGGGGAAGUACGCUUACCUGCUAGAGUCCACCAUGAAUGAGUACAUCGAGCAGCGAAAACCCUGCGACACCAUGAAGGUGGGAGGCAACCUGGACUCCAAAGGCUACGGGAUCGCCACACCGAAAGGAUCCUCAUUAAGAAAUGCGGUUAACCUCGCAGUACUAAAACUGAAUGAGCAAGGCCUGUUGGACAAAUUGAAAAACAAAUGGUGGUACGACAAAGGAGAGUGCGGCAGCGGGGGAGGUGAUUCCAAGGAGAAGACGAGUGCCCUCAGCCUGAGCAACGUGGCUGGGGUCUUCUACAUUCUGGUCGGAGGACUCGGUUUGGCCAUGCUGGUGGCCUUGAUUGAGUUCUGUUACAAGUCCCGAGCCGAGGCGAAACGAAUGAAGGUGGCAAAGAAUGCACAGAAUAUUAACCCAACUUCCUCGCAGAAUUCACAGAAUUUUGCAACUUAUAAGGAAGGUUACAACAUGACCUUUGGGGACGCCAUGAGGAAUAAAGCAAGACUUUCCGUCACUGGGAGUACUGGGGAGAAUGGUCGGGUGAUGACUCCAGAGUUUCCUAAAGCUGUCCACGCUGUCCCUUACGUGAGACCUGACAUGGGACUAAACGUCAGCCUGACAGAUCUGUCCUGAUUAAAUGAGAAACUUCUGAGUGCCUUACAAUGGUUUCAAUAGAGCGAUUUUGUUUUUGUCCGUCCCUCCCUCCUUAUGUUCCGGCGCUUUUUCUGUCUCUGUCUGGUGAAAAAGUAAAGGUAGGAGAUGGAGGCUUCAUUUUGUCUCUCAUAAAGACUUGUAUUGUUGCUCUCUCUGUCUCUCAUACUCACAGUAUGAAACAACCUCCCUCUCUGGGUGGAAUUACAUCUUGGAAUAUAAAAGGGAGGCUCUUUUUUUCUAAACUGAUGACACCAUGCUUUCCUAUCUGUCUGUCUGGACUGGACUGAGAUGGAAACGAGGGCUUGAUUGACGGCAACGGCUGCUUCUGGGAGUCAGAUUUUCAGUCAUCUUAAUUGUGUGUGUGUGUGUGUGUGUGUGUGUGUGUGUGUGUGUGUGUGUGAGGAGCAUGGGGGUGUGUGAGUCAUGGGAAGAUGGCACACUGUUUCUGUAGCCACCACCACCAAACAGGAUUUUCAAGCACACUUGAUAUCAUCUGCAUUAAGAUGUGAAAUUGUCCUUUUUUUCUAAGAAAAUCUAAGAAAAACAGUUAUUGAAAAAAAUAUUUUUAUGUAUUUUCACAAAAUAGCUUUUAAAUAAACUUGCUUACAUACUGGUUGGAUAUAAACAUCUUAAUGUGUGAUAAAGAAAGAAAAAAUACUAAACAGUGUCUAGUUCCAUAUUUUUAAAGCCAAAUACAUUGCAUAUGGGGGUGAGAUGUUGAAAUCAUGUAAUUAAUUCCUAUUCUAAACUUUCCUGUAUAUUUUAUUCUUUACAUUUGGUGUUGAUAUGAAAUAUAUGUCAAUGCUUGACAUUUGGAAUCAAUCCUUCUAUGUUUUUCUUGUUAGAGUUGGUGCAGCGAUUUUGCUUUAUACUUUUGUCUUUUUGUUUGCUUCAGUGCUUUUGUUGUUUGUAUUUUUCUGAUAAGGACCAGGGUUUCAAGAGGAAAUUAACCUGUUUACACACCAUGAAUGCAAAACAAAAAAUAGUACGGUAUGGUAUUAUUGCAUCACAUUUUGAAGUGACAUCAAAAAGAGACAUCAACAUCCACAUGGUUUACGUGGUGGUUCAAAAUGCCAAAUAAGUAAGAGUGCCAAAUUCUAGUGCCAGUAGAUAUGAAUAUAGUCUUAAUAUAAUCAAUCACUGUCAUCUCAGUGAAUGUAAAUGAUACAUUCUGUAACUUUUGUAACUACAUGUACAGUUGGUGGCAAUGACAGUGCUAAUACAAUAGCCUUUUCGCUUUGUUUUCCAGUCUCCAUGUAUUUUGCAUUGAUCUGACAAUGAAGUAGCACCAGUUGCAUGUUGUUGCCGCAAAUACUACAUAAGUUUAUUUCAUUACUGCCAAACAUGCGUUUUCAUUUUAAUGUUGAAGUUGUGAGGUUAACUGUUUGAAAUUGGAAAUACAAUGUUAGACAUAUAUACAAUAUAUACAUAUAUACAUAUAUUUUAUAUAAAAAGUUUAAAUAUGAAAAAUUAUAUCCCCUUUUCAUUAUAUCGUCAAAGCUACACUGCUUCAAUUGAAUACUAAAUUUGGUUACUUAUUCAGAAAAUACAGUAUUUUUUUUUCAGUUAUACAGUCAUACCAUAAGUUACUUACAACACUUAUAUAGACAACCACUUCUAAUUUUAUUUUAUCUUUUCUGAAAUUGACCUGUGAAGAGUCCGCCACUGCAACACAAAGGGAAGUAAACUGUACUAUUAUUAUCACUGUUGUUUUUGUAAUCAACAAUAGAAACAUAUACCGUAGUUGCUUAUCAAUUUCAUCACAUUCAGGCUAUUCUCACUGACAUUUUGUAUAUGGAAUGUGUGCUAACUUGUUUAUUUUUUGGGACUCUUUCUAAAUAAAAGUGGCUGAUCUCUUGUUA